AUGGUCUAUGAUUGGGAUGCCCACGAGAAGCUAUGUUUUCAGCUCUACAUCAAUGAGAAGAGGUCCCUCGAGGACAUCAUGGUGUACCUCAAAAUGCACCAUGACUUUGCGCCCUGCAAACGAGCCUUCCAGACUCAGUUCCGCAAGUGGGAUUUCCCGUCCAAGCAGAACCCGGCGCACAAGAACGGCCGGCUGGUCGCGCGCGUCAAGGAGCUGUGGGAGCGGAACCUGUCGCAGGGGGAGAUGCUGGCCGUGCUGAGGGAGGAUGGGUUCGAUAUCAAGAAGCGCGAGCUGAUUCGCGUGAGGACGAAGAAUCGGUGGCUUUUGAAGGCUGCGAAUGGGGAGCGGUCUAAGGAGGGCAAUGGGGAAGAGGAGGAGGUGACGGGGUCUGGUCGGCGGGAAGCGCCUGUGGUUACUAUCGACGACGGCUUUGGGAGCCGGGGUGGUGCGGGCGUCGUGACGCCUGGUACUUUUACGGGUCGGGAGAUGCUCGGGUCGCCACUUACCGGCGAGGGCGAGGGCGAGGACGAGGACGAGGACGAGGACGUCGGCGCGGUAAGAGACAAGGAGAGCAUCAGUAACAGCAAUGGCAACAACAGGAGGAAGAGGCGGCGGCUGCGAGCCUGGGAGGCUGCAUCGUCCCAUGAUGUACAACACCCCAUCGCCCCGCGCUUCCCUUCGGAGACCACGCUCGACGACGCAAAAGCCAUCCUCGGGCUGGCGGCGGACGUAUACCGUCAGAUGCGGGUCACAUUUGCGCGGCUCUGCGAGGAGGCAGGCAUCGUCAAGAAGACGAUUGCCGGGCCGGAGAGGUGGGAGGCCGUUAAAGCCCGGCUUGUGAGGGAGACGCCGCGGCUGAGGGCGGCGAUGUGGGACGACGACGAGUCUGCCGAUGUAAGCGGCAACAGCAGCCACAACCACGAGGCAAAAAAGCUGGCGCUAGACGUUAUAUGUACGGACAUCACGAAGCGGGCGCGGACGCUGGAGAAGCGGCUCACGCUCGCCGAUGCGAAGAAUAUCUUGGGUGUCAACCCGGAGGAGGCGAGGGAUCUCCGCGCUGCGUUUGAGAGGAUAUUGAAGCGGGAGGGGCUCAGUUGCAAGUCUGAGGCUGGGCCGGCGCAGUGGAAGGAGCUGAAGGCGCAGUGGGAGGCUGGAUCGGAGCUGGUACGCCGGAUUCUCGCUGCGGCGGGGGAAGAAGGAGACGGUGGUGCUUCUUCAGUGCAUGCUCACGCUCAGGCUGAAAAGGUGCGGGCUUUGGAUGUUAUUGCGAAGGAUGUGAUGAAGAGGUUGAGGGAUGAUGUCUCGAGGCGAGAGCAGCCACGGAAACGAGGAGUCACGAAACAGGCGCAGCUAGCUCGCGACAACGCAAGACAGCAAGGGGAUGUCCAGGCGAACGACGUCCAGGUCCAGUCCGCACAGCCAGAACUGGUUGAUGCUUUAGAAGACCAGGAUGACUUGAGCGGCGGCCAGUACGUUGAUGCCAGCCAGGUAUCCGUACCGCCGUCCAUGGGACUCGUUCCCGGCUCGGGGGCAAGCCAGCAGCCGCAGAUGCUCAUGCCCACCGUGUCGAUGCAAGUCCAGGCCGCCGCGGCCGCCGACCCGAUGGGCCACUCCGCGGCGCGGAUCCUCUCGUCGGCGCUUCUGGGGCAGGCGGACAUGGGACUAGAGUCUCACCACAUGGGCUCGUCUCUCUUGUUAGCGGCCGACGCGCAGGCGGCGUUCGUAGACCAGCAAUACGCGCAGCAGUAUGCCCACCCGCAGCCGCCGUCUACCAUGAGCAUAGCCGUCUACCUACGCCUCCACCCUUCCUCCACGUUUGUGGCUACCACGACCAUCUGGAUCGCGACCCUGAGCUCGCAUUCCGUGCAGGAGCUGCGGCACGCGGCGGCGAGUAAGUUCCCGGGGGCGAUUUGUCUACGGCUGGAAGGAGUGUUGAAGGACGGCAAGGGCGGGGAGAUGCCGUUGGCGAUUGAGCAGGACGGGGAGCUUGCUGCGUAUUUGGCGCAUUUGAGGAGUGCUGCUGGGGGGCUUGGGACGCCGACGUUUAAUGUGCAGCUUAUUCCUGGAUGGAAGACUUAA